CGCCGCCACACUCUUUCUUCUCUCAUUCUCGUUUUCCAUCUCUAUUAAGCGUCGAGCCCUUGUGAGGCUUGUAUGUAAGCAGUGGAGCGACCACUUUCGUUUGACGCGCGGCGGCGAUCUCCUUGAGCCCUCACGUCUUUUUCCUGUUCUACGUCCGCCUUUCGCCAUUGCAUAGAGCUUUGUCCUAGCAACAGCCGCUCAUUUUCUAAGCUGCAUCUCUCGCUCUCACUUCUUGACUCUCUUUCAACCUGCUGAGUUCUUCGGUUGCGAUACCCCGGUGGAAGCGAAUCGCAGUCUGACACAAUCUUGCGAACCCUCGACUCGCGCCGCUUUGCUUUCCUGUUGGACAGACUGGAUCUGGACGACUUGCUAUUCCCAUCCACUAGAACUGCAUAUAGACGCCUCUUCGACAAGUCUGGAAUACUUUGAGUAUUAAACCUGCUGCACGCCAUGAAGUCUCCUCUGGUGGCUGCGACAGCGGCCCUGUGCCUGCUGGGUCAGGGGGCGACGGCCGUUUCUCUGACUAUCAACGACGACAACUCGAUCAAAAGCGCCGCGAGCACGAUUGCCUUUGGCCUCAUGAAGUACUACACCGGAAACAAUACUGGCGAUACCCCCGGAAACUUGCCCGACCCAUACUACUGGUGGGAGGCCGGUGCGCUGUUCGGAACCAUGAUUGACUACUGGCGCAUGACCAAGGAUACGACAUACAACGACGUCACGAUGCAAGCCAUGCUUCACCAGGCCGGAACCGACGGCAGCUUUCUGCCCACGAACCAGUCGCUGACCGAAGGAAACGACGAUCAGGGCUUCUGGGCCAUGGCCGCCAUGUCCGCCGCCGAGGAUGUCUUCCCCAACCCGCCGUCCGAUCAACCGCAGUGGCUGGCCAUGGCACAGGCCGUCUUCAACCAGUACGUCGGCCGAUGGGACCCUCACUGUGGCGGUGGCCUCCGCUGGCAGAUCUUCUCGUGGAACAAGGGUUACGACUACAAAAACUCCGUUGCCAACGGCUGCUUCUUCAACAUUGCCGCUCGACUGGCCCGAUACACCGGCAACCAGACCUAUGCCGACUGGGCGCUCAAGGUCUGGGAUUGGGAGAAGAAGGUUGGCCUGAUUGGCCCGCAAUACCAGAUCUUUGACGGUCUCAGCAUCGACAGCGACAACACGUGCGGCCAGAUGGAUCAGAACCAGUGGUCCUACAACGCAGGCAUCUACAUGCAUGGCGCCGCCGCCAUGUACAACUUCACCAACAACGCCACCUGGAAGGCCAACCUGGACGGCAUGGUCAAGGAGACGGUCGCCAAGUUUGUCAACAACGGCAUCAUCUACGAGCAGUUUUGCGAGCCCCGAGGCUUCUGCAGUGUUGACCAGAGCACCUUCAAGGGCUAUCUGAUUCGCUACAUGGCUUCCACCAUCCAGCUGGCUCCGCACACCAUCCCGACGCUCAUGCCCCUCAUCGAGACUGCUGCCUCUGCGGCGGCAUCCAGCUGCACAGGCCCAGCCUCGCCCACCUUUAAGGGAAUUGAUGGUACAGGGUGCGGCUUCACGUGGAUUCCCAAGGGCACAUACGAUGGCAAGAACGGUGUUGGCUCGCAAAUGAACGCCUUGGACGCUGUCAUCUACGCUCUGGUCCAAAAGGCCCCUGCCCCCGUCACAGAAAAGAAGGGCGGUACUUCCAAGGGUGACCCUGGUGCUGGUAUGGGCAACAUCGACCCGGCUGGCGAUCUUGACAAGAUUACGAAGCCGACGACGGGCGGAAAGGUUGGAGCAGCCAUUCUCACUCUCCUGUUGCUCUGCAGUGUCCUGGGCGGCAGUGCAGUGCUGCUGUUGUAAAGAAGAGCACAGCGGUCCAACAAGAGAAAGCUAUGUGGAUGUGCUUCUCUAUACAUAUUCAUGUGUUGGUCUUGUACAGCACAUGCUCUUUUUUUGAUUUUCUCACAAGUCCCGAGGUAUUAGAGCGCAGGAUGGAUGCUCUUUGUGGCUGGCGUUUUGGGAGUGCCUUGGAUAUACAUUUCUUGAUCCCCUUCUUUUGGUUUGUCGUGUGAAUAGGUUCAUAUCGUGGCGAUGUGGAACCCGGCCAUUGUCACUUGUUUGCCGUCUUCAUCAUUGCCUACCUACUUGUUCAUUUGUAGCAUCUUGGAAGUUCUACCCUAGCUAGACAACGGGCAAAGCCUGAUAUCAGAAUUGCACGACAUUAUGACUGAAGGCAUCCUGCGACUUGACUUGGCGACACAAGCGAUGCCGU